AUUGCUUUUCUCAGGCGACGCGGAGGGUAGCUGUGCUCGGUCGCUGUGGUGGUUUCUCGGCUCCGCUGACCCAGCGCCCCGCGACCGAGAGCAUCCCCGCAGAAAACGAGCUCCGAGGAUCAGCCGAGCCCGAGCCCCCAACACUUUAGGCCUGAAAGCCGGUUUUCCAGGAUGUCUGUUGAACUGGAAGAAGCUGACUUGCCGCUGACCGAGGCAGAAGAGGCGCCUCUGGCUCCAGAAAAGAAAGGGGCGGCCAAGAAAGCCAAAGGUGGGGUGUCGGCGCUCUCCCCAUCCAAGAAGAAGAAAAACAACAAGAAAAAGAACCAGCCCGGCAAGUACAGCCAGCUAGUGGUGGAAUCCAUCCGCAAACUGGGCGAGCGUAAUGGCUCCUCGCUGGCCAAAAUCUACAACGAAGCCAAGAAAGUGGCUUGGUUCGACCAGCAAAACGGGCGGACCUAUCUCAAAUACUCCAUCAAGGCUCUGGUGCAAAACGACACUUUGCUCCAAGUGAAAGGCACCGGCGCCAACGGCUCCUUCAAGCUCAACAGGAAAAAGCUGGAGGGGGGGGGAAGCGAAGGAGGCGCCGGUGGCGGCGGCGCCCACGCCAAAUCCCACAAGAAGGCGGCGGUCGUGGCAUCCACUUCGCGGAAGGUCGAGAAGAAGCCCGUCGCCAAGAGCAAAAAGAUGGAGAAGAAAUCGCACAAGAAAGGCGCGGGCGGCGGGACCGCCAAGAAAGACAAGGUGAAAGCGAAGAAAGCCCCCAAGAAAAGCGUCGCUUCCCCCAGCGCCAAGAAGGUGAAAAAAUCGGCGAAGCCCAAGGCUCUCAAGAGCAGGAAAUAAAUAAGACUGCCCUCAAAACUUGGAGGGGGGAGAAGAAGCCGCUUCUUGUUGUCUUUCCGACCCAAGACUUUUGAGCCCCAAAACGACACUGACUUUUUUUAGCUCAAAGCACAGAGCCAUGUUUCCAGCUUUGAUUUUUGUCUUUUUGGCCCAAUUUCUGCAGCAUUUCUUCCCUCGGAAGGCGGGUGCGUGCAAAAAAGAGCACUGCGCUUUCUCCACCGAUCCCCCCGCCCCCGUCGAGAUCAUUGGGACAUUUUGGAUCGUGGGAAAGGUUUAUGCCUUCACCUCCCACCCUUGUUCUUUUUAUUGGAAUUAUUGUUGCCGUUGAAGCUUGAUUUUUCUGCUUUCGUGUUCUGCAAAAGUAGCGUGAUAUCGU